UCGUCUCAUCAGAUUACACUUGGAAGCCUGACGCAUUCUUCUUCCCGCUGCUUUCCAUUUGACUCCCUGGGAUUUCUCGUUCUCCACAAGGUUACACCAGAAGGAAUAUCUGCAACGAUAUGUUUAUAGAGGAGCGUAUUUUAACGCUUUUCAAAAGGAACUGGCAACACACCUUAACCUACUGGAGUGUGUUCUUCAGCUUUGGACUAUGCAUUGCCUUUUUGGGCCCCACCAUUCUAGAUUUACAAUGUCAAACGGGGUCAACGCUGGACCAGAUCACAUGGGUGUUCUUCUCCCAACAGUUCUGCCUUCUCAUCGGAAGCUCCAUCGGAGGGGUUUUCAAGAAAACGCUCUUCAGUGCCCUUUCCGCCCUCUUAAUCAGCUCUCUCAUCAUCUCAGUCAUAUUUGCCAUCAUCCCCUUCUGCAACACCGUCCUGAUACUGGCCAUAGCCAUGGCGGUGACAGGCCUGGCCAUGGGCAUCAUUGACACCAUCGCAAACAUUCAGCUGGUGGCCAUUUACCAGAAGGACUCCGCCGUCUUCCUCCAGGCGCUGCACUUCUUCAUCGGGUUCGGAGCGCUGGUGAGCCCCCUGAUCGCGGACCCCUUCCUGUCCGAGCACUGCGGCAACAGCACGGGGGGAGAGGAGGCCAUCCACUUCCACCACCGCACGCUCUACACGAUACGCCUCUCCAACGACACCUCCCCCGCGCCGCACCCUCCCCCGCACCACCCCGCAGAGCCUGAGGAGUCCAUAGUCUCAUACGCCUUCUGGAUCAUGGCCGUCAUCAAUCUGCCGGUGCCGAUCGCCGUGUUUGUCCUGAUGUACGUGGAGAAGCUGCUCCCCUGCUGCCCCGGCACCAAGACCCGGCUGCUGGACAAGGACGAGCUGUCCAUGGAGACCCAGGGUGGGGACGCGGCCCACUCCAACUCCCACUCCCACUCCAACCCAGCGUACGGCAACAACACGCCAGCCGGCACCACCGAGCCUGAGCCACCGCAGCCGGGGGAGGAGGAAGUGGGAGGUCACGGGGACAUCUUCAGCUGCUGUAGGGAUGGCACCCUCAGUAGCAUGCCGCCAUCUUUCUUUGGCAUCCACAUCUUGGGAGGCAUGGUGCUCUUCAUGACGGACGGCAUCGUGGGUGCGUAUGCCGGCUUCGUGUACACGUAUGCGGUGGCCAAGCCCAUGUCCCUGCCCUCCCACACGGCCGGCUACCUGGCCAGUCUGUUCUGGGCCGCCAUCACCGCCGGUCGCCUCAUCUCCAUCCCUCUGGCCUACCGCUUCAAACCCGUACGACUUCUCAUGGUCAACCUGGCUGGUGUGAUCGUGACAGUUCUGCUCCUCCUCCUCCUCUACACCAGCAGCACCUUCCUGUUCGUGGGCACCUGUCUACUGGGGCUCUUCCUCAGCAGCAUCUUCCCCUGCAUGCUCGCCUACACAGAGGACGUGCUGGACUACCAAGGUUGUGCAACCACAGUUCUGGUAACCAGCGCUGGCUUAGGAGAGAUGGUCAUGCAGGUGUUGGUUGGAUCGAUUAUGCCUACAGCAGGCAGCUACAGCUUCUUACUGUGUGGGAUGAUCAUCGGCUGCAUCGGUUUCAUCGUCUUCUUCGCUCUGCUCCUCUGCCACCGCAUUCACAGCAACUACCUGGCUGGAAUUUCGAAAAAGCCUACCGUGGUAGAGGACCCGCCAUCGGAAAAACAGUGAAGGGAAAUAAUCGAACAUGAAAUGACCACUGCCUACCCUACCUGAUGGAUCUAAAUAUUCUUCUACUGUACAACAGAUUUGAUGCUACUUGAUGUAUUUUUCAUACUAGAUGUAGUUUUGUUUUAUGUCCAGAAAAAUCUAUACAAUUACAACUUUCACUGAAUUAAACUUUUU